GGCUCACACAGCAUGCUCUUCACUGCCAUCUCCUAGGACCCAGCUACUGGUGUGGACAUCAUGGCCCCCAAAAAAAUUGAACCCAAGAAACCAGAGCCCAAAAAACCUGAGCCUAAGAAAGAAGAAGCUCCAGUUCCACCUCCUGCUCCCGUGAAGGAGGAGCCCAAAGAGCCUCAGCUUGACCUGAAGAGCAUCGUGUUAGAGUUUACCCCAGACCAGAUCGAGGAAUUCAGGGAUGCCUUCACCCUGUUCGAUGAGACGCCAACAGGGGAAAUGAAGAUUAGGUACUCCCAGUGUGGUGAUGUGAUGAGGGCUCUGGGCUACAACCCCACCAAUGCAGAUGUCCAUGCAGUGCUGGGGAAACCCAAAGUUGAAGAGAUGAACAGUAAGAUGCUGGACUUCGAGACCUUCCUGCCCAUGCUGCAGCACAUCUCAAGGGCCAAGGACCAGGGGACCUUCGAGGACUUCGUGGAAGGCCUGAGGGUCUUUGACAAGGAAGGCAAUGGCACAGUGAUGGGUGCGGAGCUCCGCCACGUCCUGGCCACCCUGGGAGAAAAGAUGAAUGAGGAUGAGGUGGAUCGUCUCAUGGUGGGUCAAGAAGACGCCAACGGCUGCAUCAACUACGUCUCAUUUGUGAAGCACAUCCUUGCUGGGUGAGCCAGAGGUAGUCCUGCGGUUGUUCAGGGACUGUUAGGAAAUCAAUGCUCGAUGGACUUUUGAAGGAAAUGUGUUGGUGAAUGUCAAAUAAAGAUGAUGAUUUUCUGUUCUA